GAGUGUUUGAAUGAAGUCAGUUGAAUGUCUUUUGUAAUCUUAGACCGAUUUUUACUUUUAAAUCGUCUUUUUAUGGUCGGAUUACGAUGUCUCUGAUAAGAAACGUCUUAAAACUUGUCGUUGUUAUUGGUCUGUUGGUGUUGGCUGUUCCGUUUUUGAGAUAUUGGAUGGCAACUAAACAGUAUGUCUUUACAAAAGAAGAUGUUGCCAAGUUAGCCAGACAGUAUGCAGGCCAGGAUCACGAGCAAGCAUUCUCUAAAAUAGUUGUGGAGCUGCGUAAGCGAUAUCCGGGCCACAUCCUCCCUGAUGAGGACCUGCAGUGGGUGUUUGUGAAUGCCGGCGGGUGGAUGGGGUCCAUGUGUCUGUUACAUGCAUCACUCACAGAGUAUGUGCUUCUAUUUGGUACUGCAGUGGACACGGGAGGACAUUCAGGCCGUUACUGGGCAGAAAUAUCAGAUACUAUUAUUUCUGGAAUGUUCAGGCAAUGGAAAGAGGGAACGACUAAAAGCGAGACUUACUAUCCAGGUGACACUAUAGUGCACGUGGUGGGAGAGGCUACCUCAGUGCAGUGGAGCACAGGGACGUGGAUGGUGGAAUAUGGCCGAGGAUUCAUUCCCUCAACGUUGGGCUUCGCUUUAGCCGACACGGUCUUUAGCACCCAGGACUUUGUAACACUAUUUUAUACUGUACGUGUGUACUUGAAGGGUAUGUUCCUGACAGAAGCUGGCGCUCUCUGAAAACCACACUAUGUUUUGUGUCAUGUCGAGGUGUUUUUGGGGUAAUUGAUCACAAUGGCAGCCGUUUGUGAAUGGAAGGCCAAUGUUUUCAAUUGUAAAACACUUAAUGUAACUACUAUUCUAAUGAGAGAGUUUUAUUUUCCCUACUGUACAAAAUGUUUAUCAAAUAUCAUAUCAUAGUGAAAUCUCAAAAAAUGAUGCGUGUUAUUGAUUUAGCAGCUCAAUACAGUCCAGAAACGGUUAAAGUGAAGUAUGAAUGAAAAACAUUGGAGAGAUCCCACUCUGCAAUUUUAAAAUACUGUGAAAUAUUGUUGCUUUAUUUUUCCAUAACAGAUACAUUUAAUGUCCAAAAUUGUCUCUCUGUUCAGCCUGCAGUCUCGCCAGAAUAAACUGUCAGUUUAUAUUGUUGAUUAAGACUUUGAAUUGGUUUGUCUUUUAUACAUGAUUCUUUUGCCCUUCUUUUGACUUCUGUUUUGUGUCAGUCAAAUUGGUAUUAUUAGGGUUAGGUUAGGGUUAACCCUAACCCAUACAAUAAUACCAUGGUAACUGUGUUUUUUGCCAAAAUACCAAAGAUACAACAUAAUUUGUUAAUUGUGUAAAAUCAUAAUAAAUAUGGAAUUUUCUUUAA